AGAGAGGCAUGCACUCUCUCUCUCUCUCACUCUCUAACACACACACACAUAUAGACACACAUGUGCUGCAGGAGAUCUGAGUGCCAGGUCGCUGAGCAUUCACCCUCUCUCUCUCUCUCUCUCUCUCUCGCUCUCUCUGCCCCUCCCGAUACUGCGCACUCUCUCUCGGUUCACCUUGGCUACUGGGUGGUGUGGAGUUAUUGUUGCGUCAGAACCAGAGAGAUCCAGAGACAGCCAUGCCGGGGGAGAGCUCUCGAAGAUCUGUCCCCAAAGAAAGACAUCCGGAGCUUGGAGCAGAGCAGACAGGCCUGCCUGAACCAGACAUGACCAGACAUGCCUCCACUGAUUCCACCCCUAGUGACAGCGGCUCUAGUCCCUCCCCCAGCACCCCUCAGAAGCUGCUGCCAUCAUGCACCUCUCCGUUCGGGCCACGGCUGGUUCGGACCACACCUAGCUCCUCCGCGACCCCGCGACCCCAGCCUGAAGGUUCAGACCGUCGCCACAUUAACACGGUCCGACUUAGCGGGACGUUUGGAGGUCACGGACCCUGUGGACGCCGCAGCGGACCCGUGAAGAUGGAGAGAAUCAAGGUUCUGAUGGGCUCAGAGGUGGAGAGCGACCACAAGGAGCCAGAGAACAUGGACACACGGGUGGUGAUGGGCCAGGAGGCCCUGCUCAAGACAAAGAAAACCCUGACAGGGAAGUGCCCAUGCGGGCAGAGCAGCCAGGCGAUACCCCUGCCUGGAGGCCCAGUCUUGGAGGUCCCUAAGCCUCCCUUAGAGCUCCAGGCCGAGGCUGGAGAAAAGGCCCAACUGGACACAGGGCAGGAGAGAGACAAUUCACCUCUGACCCCAAAGUUGGAGCAAGAGCAGGAGAGAAGCCCUGUCCUGCCCAUUAGCCCUCUCCUCACCCCCCUCAUCCCUGCCUCCCCUCCCUCCUCAGAGCCAGUCACAGUGGAUGUUAGUUUGACGGGCAGCUUAAGCCCUUUGGAGGCAGGGCUGUCUCCCUAUGGUGAAAUGUCUUUUGUAUGUUCCAUGUAUGCCAUGCCCUCCCUGUCCGAGCCAGCCUAUCCCCCUGCUAUCCUCUCCUUCACUGAGCCGGCCUUUGCCGUGGACCCUCUGAGAGUGGGCGUUCCCUCAUCCCUGGAUCCUGACCUGUACUACACCGCCCCCUCCACCCCCAUCAAGAUGGCUGCUCGCCCCUUACACCUCAAACACCGCUCUUACCCCGGCUCCCCAGCCUCUCCCCUCUCACCAAACUCGGACAGUGAGGACCUGUGCUCCCCCCUCACUUCCCCCUCUGGCUCCUACGUCACGGCGGAGGGGGGCAGCUGGACCUCUUCCACCUCCCCCUGCACCUCCCCCAAUCUUCUCCUGGCAGAGGAGGUGCAGGAGGCACCUGCAUGCUUUGUCAGCUCGCUGUCCGAAAUCGGAGACGAAGUGGGGGAGGAUAGGGGAGCAGUAGGGGAGAGGGCAGAGGAAAAGGGAGGAGGAGCAGCAGAGUGGCGGUUCUGCCUCUAUAAGGGUCUAGCAGAGACUGUGAUCCUGGAGGAGGAGGAGGUACUGAGAGGGGAGGUAAGGGGGAGAAGGAGCGAGGAAGUGACAGUCUCAAGGGGUAGCUGUCGCCCUCGCUGGGUGACAGAGGACACUUCCCCAUUGAGGAGCAGCAGCGGCAGAAGCACCGACUCCCAGGAAGAUGGAGGGGAGUCGGAGGGCUCGCUCUGCCCAGCAGAGGAUGCUCUGGCUGGGGGACAGCAGUACUUAAGUCCCCUGCUGCAAAGAGGCCUGGAGCUGGAGCUGCAGGCCUGUGUGUCUGAGGAGCUUUACCCUCCCAUUACCAACCCAGAUGAUGAUGGAGCAGACUCCCCACGGCUGACCUCCAUCUCCUUCCCCUUUGCCCCAGACAUGGGGAACCUAAGCCCUCACACCUCCAGCGUCAACCCUGCCUCCUCCAACCUUACCAUGGACACCUGCUCUCCAGAUGUGUCAGACGGGGAUAACUCCAGCCCUUACGGAGAAAUGGGUACCUUCCUGCUGUUCCCAGGCUCCUACAGUGAUGAUGGAGAGAUGGAGGAAGAGGAGAGUAUGAUCCCAGCCUCUCUGCUUAACUUCCCCCUCCACACCAGUCUCCUCUUUCAGGCAGACUCCAUGGAGAUCACUCUCUUCCCCACAGAGGAGGGGAAUGAGGGAGGAGAGGGAAACGACAGGAACGAUGUGGAUGCGUACGCGGCCGGAGAGGAGGAGGGGGACGUGGAGGAUGAUGAUGAAGAUGAUGAGGAAGAAGUGGAGGCUAAGGUAGAGAUAGAGGAGGCUAAGGUAGAGAUAGAGGAGGCUAAAGUAGAAAUAGUGAUAGAGGAAGAGGUGGAUGAAGAGGAGGGUGAGGAUGUUGAGGAUGAGGAAGAGGAGGAGGAGGGUGAGGGUAAGGCUGUAAAUGACCCAGCUGAAGAGGACAACUCGGCCUCCUUCCUUCAUUCACUAUCAGAAACUUCCAUCAACGAAGGGCUGGAUGAGUCCUUCUGUUUCCAUGACGACACUGACGACUCACUAGACUCCGCCUCUUAUAAUGGCGAAGAGGAUGAGCGACUGUACAGCACAGAGAGACAUGCUGAACCACCCACAGGACCACCCACAGGACCACCCACAGGAUCACCCACAGAACCACACCAAGCCAAACCUCAGCCUGAAACCAGACCAGAGGCCUACAGCACUGAACUGUCCCAGAGCAGACUUAGCCUAAUCAAUCCCCCAGGUGACAAAGAGCCCCGGCCUGAGGAUCGUCAAGGACCUAGACCACCACAACCUGCACUUGCACCUGCCCAACCUGCGGAAUCAGCCCACCCGGAGUCCUCCAACAGCAGUAGUGGGAGUGAAAUGGAGAUCUCCUCAGAGUCCUCUGACCCUCCUGUCCCCGCUCCUUCUCAGGAGAGCCCUUAUGUCUCUACCCUUACCCCUAAACUUUCUACAACCCCUUACCCUGCCUUCACUACCCCAAAGACUACUCCUGCUACCGUGUCAAACCCUAAAACCAAGCAUGAAUCUCUCUCUAACCCCAACACUAACCGUGCUCCUGCCCCUAAUGCUAAAUCUGCUACUGUCUGUACCACUAACACUAACCCUGCUACAGCCUCAACCCCACAAAAUAAUUCUGCUACUUCCUCAACCUUCAAAACUAACCCUGCUACCGUAUGUACACCUGAAAUUAACCCUGCUACGGUCUCUACCCCUAACACUAACAGUGCUCCUGCCCCUAACGCUAAAUCUGCUACGGCCUGUACCACUAACACUAACCCUGCUACAGCCUCAACCCCCAAAACUAACCCAGGUACAUACUCUACCCCAAACCCCGCUGCUACUCCUAAAACUAACCCUGCUGCUACUCCUAACACUAACCCUGCUGCUACUCCUAACACUAACCCUGCUGCUACUCCUAACACUAACCCUGCUGCUACUCCUAACACUAACCCUGCUGCUACUCCUAACAUUAACCCUGCUUCUACUCCUAACACUAAGCCUGCUGCUACUCCUAACACUAACCCUGCUGCUACUCCUAACACUAACCCUGCUGCUACUCCUAACACUAACCCUGCUGCUACUCCUAACACUAACCCUGCUGCUACUCCUAACACUAAGCCUGCUGCUACUCCUAACACUAAGCCUGCUGCUACUCCUAAAACGAACACUGCUGCUACUCCUAACACUAACCCUGCUGCUACAAUCGAGGAGACAGCGUCCCACAGCAAUCCUGUCAUCCUGGCAACCCAGCCAUCCCAUAACAGCCAUGUGACCCUGGCAACAGGAGCAGGGCAAGCCAAAGCAGUUGCAGAGGAAGUACAGGCUGGUAUGGUGAGAGAGGAGGACAAAAGGAGCGGUGCAAAGAGAGAGAAAGACAAACAGAGUGGUGGGGAGAGAGGGAAGGACAAACAGAGCAGUGGAGAUAGAGAGAAGGACAAACAGAGCAGUGGGGAAAGAGGGAAGGACAAACAGAGCAGUGGGGAGAGAAGGAAGGACAAACAGAGCGGUUGGGAGAGAGGAAAGGACAAACAGAGCGUUUGGGAGAGAGGGAAGGACAAACAGAGCGGUGGGGAGAGAGGGAAGGACAAACAGAGCGGUGGGGAGAGAGAGAAUAAUGAACAGAGCACAGAGACUUCAGACGAGGACCACACAGAGCAGACAGACAGGGACUCGUUCAAACUACUCAUUAAGCCACGCCCCUCUAAGUCAGACACACCCCGGCCUAAACAGAAGACCUCUGAGCCCCAUAAGCCGCUCCCACGUGUGUUUGGGGUGGCAGCAGCUUCAGUCCGGUCCAAACCGCUUCUGGUGUCGGUGCUGGAACUGGACCAGAAGAACGCGAACAGCAGCGCUGAAGGUGUGGACUCCCCUCAGGUCCUUGAAGGGACCACUGCCACCAACGACCUGAACAAGGGGGUCCCUCUGCUCUCAUGCCCGAAAGAGCCUAACCCCAGCAACAUCCCUGUCUCCUCCUGCCCUGAGAGCUCACCUGACCUGGCUGACAACCUGUCCUUGACCCCUGAUAUCUGCCCAUGUGACCCCGCCCAGGAGAACUUGAGGGAGAACACCCUGAGCACUGAGGACGGGGGCCCUGGGGCCCUGGGCUCCCCUCACACACCCCUGGCUGUCUCUCCCAAGAGGGAGAACUCAGAGACAGAUGCAGGGGGAGGAGGAGCAGAGUCCGGGUCCUGGGGGGCAGGGGAGGCCCUAUCUGUCUCUCUGGGGCAGGGCUGUGGGUUGGAGGCACAGAGCCUAUUACUGUAUGAGGUGGAGGGACAUACGAUUGGACAGACAAUUGGACAGACACUCUCCGGGCUGCCCAAUGUCGGCACAGAUGAGGAUGAGGUGGGUGAUAUAAUGGGGGACGAAGAAGACAACAACAGCCUGUGUGGUCGGCCAGACAAGAUGGCAGAUGUCGAGCUUGUGGGAGAGGGAGUGCCAGAGUCCAACCUGUCCAGCUGGAGGUCCAUCGAGGAGAUAUCAGAGGCAGGGGGAGGAGAGGACGGAAGCUCCCAAUUCCCAGAGGAUGAUGUCAGCAACCUGCAGAGUCACCCGGAAAACAAGGAGGAGCAGGAAAACAACAACAAUGUCUCAGUGUUCCUAUCCUCUGGAAUGCCAACCUGUAUGACUCUGAAUGCCCUGUCAGAGGACGUGAGACACCAGAGCCAGAGUGUGUGUCUGAGGGCAUCUCUCUCAAACAUACCACUCACAGAGGUGAGAUCACAGGCUGCUGCAGCCUCCGAUAGGCCAUCAACAUCAACUGACAGCUCAACACACCAAUCAGACAUAAGACAACCUUCCUUGUCCAUGGAAAGCCCUGGGCGUGUCUCACCACUAGGAGGUAAACCACAGACUGUCUCAGACCAGAGCCCUGGUUCAGUAGAGGCAGCCAUUUCCAGACCCAACAGUAACACAGAUAUUAACCCAGCAGUCAAACAGGCAGACCCAGCUCUGUCUCUGCUGGGUGGGGCAUUUGGAUCAUUCAGCCAUAAAAUCAGACCAAGCAACUACAAGUCAGGCAGACUGUCCCAAGAAACUUCCCGAUCACUGAAGAAAGACACAGUAGAGAAUGUCCAAGUCUCCCAAGAAACUUCUCUCUCAGUGGGCAAAGACACAGUAGAGAAAGUCCAAAUUUCCCAAGAAAUUUCCCCAUCAGUGAGCAAAGACACAGUAGAGAAGGUUCAAGUCUCCCAAGAAUCUUCCUUAUCAGUGGGCAAUGACACAGUAGAGAAGGUCCAAGUUUCCCAAGAAUCUUCCAUAUCAGUGGGCAAAGACACAGUAAAGAAGGUCCAAGUUUCCCAAAAUCUUUUCCAAUCAGUGGGCAAAAACACAGUAGAGAAGGUCCAAGUUUUUCACGAAACGUCCCCAUCAAUGAGCAAAGACAUAGUAGAGAAUGUCCAAGUCUUCCAAGAAACUUCCCUAUCAGUGGGCAAAGACACAGUAGAGAAGGUCCAAGUUUCCAAAGAAACUUCCCCAUCAGUGGGCAAAGACACCGUAGAGACGGUCAAAGUAUUUCAAGAAUCUGCCCAAUCAGUGGGCAAAGACCCAGUAGAGAAAGUCCAAGUUUCCCAAGAAACUUCCCCAUCAGUGGGCAAAGACACAGUAGGGAAGGGCAAAUUUUCCCAAGAAACGUCCCCAUCAGUGGGCAAAGACACAGUAGAGAAGGUCCAAGUUUCCCAAGAGACUUCCCCGUCAGUGAGCAAAGACACAGUAAAGAAGGUCAACUUUUCCCAAGAAACGUCCCCAUCAGUGGGCAAAGACACAGUAGAGAAGGUCCAAGUUUCCCAAAAUACUUUCCCAUCAGUGAGGAAAGACACGGUAGAGAAGGUCCAUGUUUCCCAAGAAACUUUCCUAUCAGUGAGAAAAGACACAUUAGAGAAGGUCCAAGUCUCCAAAGAAUCUUCCCUGUCAGUUGGCAAAGACACAGUAGACAAAGUCCAAGUUUCCAAAGAAACUUCCCCAUCAAUGGGCAAAUACACAGUAGAGAAGGUCCAGGUUUCGCAAGAAACGUCCCCAUCAGUGUGCAACGACACAGUAGAGAAAGUCCAAGUUUCCCAAGAAUUUUCCCCAUCAGUGAGCGAAGACACAGUAGAGAAGGUCCAAGUUUUCCAAGAAUCCUCCCUAUCAGUGGGUAAAGACACGGUAGAAAGUGUGAAAAAACUCUGUUCCCAGCCUCAGCCAGAGGAGACAGAGUCACAGACGGUGAGCCAAAAAGAAGGUGGUGGCGGUCAGAAGACUGACAGGCACAUUGACCAACCAAAGACGAGUGGGGCCUUAGAAGAACAGGAGAGCAGUGUUUGUAUCUCAGGGGUAAGAGAGGUGGAGGAGAUUGCAGAGGAGAGAUUCUCUCCAACAGAGAGUGUUCCAGAACCUGCACAGCGUCAGACACCCGAGGGAGAGCUGAGCACAGAGAAAGCCAUCACUCCUCCUCAGCCAUUUAGGAGAGGGAAGCAGAGCAGAAACAGACCCAGUCAGCCGCGCAGACAAUCUCCGUCAGGCUCUGGGUCUGCUGAUCACCCACAGGAACCAGCUCUCACUGCCAAGACCCUAGAAGACACCUCCCCACCAGGGAAACAAAAGAAUAAGAAUAUGAGGGGACAAAAUUCUGCUGCAGAUACCAGACAGAGGACACCUGUGAAGGGCAAACCUGAGGCAGAGUCCGAGAGGAGAGGGGAAAACAGAAACGUCUCCAGAUCCCCGACUCCCCCUAGUCCUACCAACCUCUGCCCUAUCUCUCCUGCUCUCCUACUCAACCAGGAAGUGAACAUGAAAAUGCACCAGGAAAUGCUUGACAACAGGCCGCUGCCUGGUUGCCAGACAGAAAGCAGGAAGGACAUCAAUGAUAACAAUGUGGGGAGUGGCCAUGCCUCCCCUACAGAACAGAAUAUAUCUUCUUCUCCUCCACCUCUUCCCUCCUCAUCUCCUCCCCCUCUCUCCCCCUCUCCUCUCUCCUCCUCUCCUCCUCCCAGUACCUUCACAUUGCAGCCAGAUGAGGACCUCCCCACCCCCAUACAGGAGUCCCAGCCUCUCCUCACCACAGUCCAGCCUGUCACCCCACUCCUAGACACCCAGCCUCAAUCAACCAAUCUUCAGGCAGCCUCCGCAACCCUUUCUACUACCCCUAUCGCCCUUACUAAGCAUCCCCCUAUAGCCACUGAAAGUGUCCGUAUGUCCCCUACCUCCUACUCAUUCUCAUCUCCACCCACGUCAGCCCUGCCCUCGACCCCCAGUCUUACCCAGCCCACCCAGGAGUCUUUGCCACGGCUGGAGGCUCCAACCACAGUGCCUGUCCUAGACAUCCGCUGCCAGGCCCAGCCCCAACCAAACCUCCUCACCAAGCCCAACAGACAGAUCAAGCCAGUUCAGUCACAAAGCCCACAGGACAGAGAUGGGAUGGACACAGACAGUGAUGAUGAUGACACUGCUGUUCCUCUACGACGUCACAUGACUCAGCCCAGGGGGAUUGUGGGAAACCCUUCUCAUAAAGAGUCUGGCUCCUCCAAUCAGCGAGAGAUACUGCUUCACUCCUCCCGCCAACCAACUGAGAGACAGAUAGACUGUCCAAUCAGCAACAAGGAUUCACAGGAGCUGGACCUGUCCUUCAAAUACAACUUGGGCUCCUGCAAUGAGUCGGAGAGUGAGGGAUCAGUGCCAGAGUUGGAAGAACCAGAGGGGGUGCCACUGAGAUCCUCAGAACCCCAGCCCAUCUCUCCUGCUGAUGAGGGGAUUAACAGACCUAAGCAGAGCCGCAGUGAGAAGAAGGCCCGCAAGGCCAUGGGUAAGCUGGGCUUGCGGCCAGUCCACGGUGUGACCAGGAUCACUAUAAGGAAGUCGAAGAGCAUCUUGUUUGUCAUCAGCAGACCUGACGUCUUCAAGAGCCCCGCGUCAGACAUCUACAUCGUGUUUGGAGAGGCCAAGAUAGAGGACCUGUCUCAACAGGUGCACAAGGCAGCGGCAGAGAAGUUUAAGGUCCCGGUGGAGCCCUCCCCACUGGUGCCCCCUGCACCACCCAGCCUCACCAUCAAGGAGGAGAGCGAGGAGGAGGAGGUGGACGAGGGAGGUUUGGAGCAGAGGGAUAUAGAGCUGGUGAUGGCCCAGGCUAACGUGUCCCGUUCUAAAGCUGUCCACGCCCUCAGACACAACACCAAUGACAUCGUUAACGCCAUCAUGGAGCUGACCAUGUGAGAGGACCCCCCCCCAAAAAAAGCAUAAAUGCCAGGGUCACAUCUGUAUCGCUGCUAUGUUGCAUUCUCCUUACCUGCUAAUAAACAGUCUGUUAUAACCACACUAGUGGGCGAUACUGUUAACCACCCUUAUACUGCACGUCAUGUAUGUAUGUACGUCAUGUAUGUAUGUAUAGUGAAAAUGGGGCAUUUUACAGACAGUCACUUUUAUUACAUUAAAAUACAAAACAUAGUCAAACAAGUGUUCAGUUCAGAAAACAGGUCAGUUUAAAUCAUGCUUACAAUGAAUAAAACACAUACAGUACCAUUGAAAAGUUUGGACACACCUACUCAUUCCAGUGUUUAUGUUCUACAUUGUAGAAUAAUAGUGAAGACAUCAAAACUAUGAAAAUACAUGGAAUCAUGUAGUAACCAAAAAAAGUGUUAUACAAAUCAAAAUAUAUUUUACAUUUGAGAUUCUCUUUGCCUUGAUGACAGCUUUGCACACUCUUGGCAUUCUCUCAAACAGCUUCAUGAGGUAGUCACCUGGAAUGCAUUUCAAUUAACAGGUGUGCCUUAAAAGUUAAUUUGUGGAAUUUCUUUCCUUCUUAAUGCGUUUGAGCCAAUCAGUUGUAUUAUGACAAGGUAGGGGUGGUAUACAGAAGAUAGCCCUAUUUGGUAAAAGACCAAGUCCAUAUUAUGGCAAGAACAGCUCAAAUAAGCAGAGAGAGAAACAGUCCAUCAUUACUUUAAGACAUGAAGGUCAGUCAAUCAGAAAUAUUUCAAGAACUUCGAAAGUUUCUUCAA